ACAUCACUGUCGAUAGGCAAUAAGCUGCCAGUUGGACCGGCUUCCGUCAGAUUGGAGUAUCUCUUUCACCCAAUAUUUACGGAAUAACUCUGUUCACAUCUAGAAUCCGUGAUUUACAAGGAAAUAUACAGAAAAGACAAUUCACAUCAGUGGAGCAAAGCACUACCGUACCUAAUACAUUUCGACUUGCUUUGUGGUAUGGAUGACUUCCUGUUUGCGCACACAACCAAAUGUUGCCUCCGCGGAAAGAAGUAACACCCUGGUGAAAAAUGCUACGCUGUGAUCUUUCUUGGAUGGAAAGUGUUUUCUAGAUCGGCAAUGUUUGCGUAACGAGUGCAGAUUCUGCUUAUUUAUUACUGAAGGUGCAAAGAGUCCAUAUGCACCCACCUUAACGGCGUAUGAAUAUAUUGUGGUUUAUUGACGUCAAAAAGUUAGCGUAACCUUGGUGUGAUUAUGCUUAGAGUAUGGCAUGGAAAUUACUGUUAUCUUCCAACAUCUGUCCCGAUAAUGUGGAAUAGGUGAAUAUUGUGAUUUUUCAUUCUUUCCGGAUUAUAUACUGCUGGAAUAUAUUGUGCUGACUUCAUGAUGAAUUUCGAAAUUCCCGUUGGAUUGACAGACUUACUGCAGGAAUUUACUGUGGCCGUUCUGCGAGAAAAGCCAUCCCCCGCAGACCUUGUGCAGUUUGCCGCUGAUUACUUCAAUAAAUUGAAUGACUGCAAAAAUGUAGAUAAAAUAAAUGAGAAGCGUGGAGUGCGGUUUGUUCAGUCGCCAGUGCCAAACCAGUCUGACGAGCGCAUGCAAACCGAUGAAGAGGACGAAGACGAUGAACCCAUGGAACCGCCUCCUAUGUCCCGGUUCCAAAGGAGGAAAUCAGUGUCAGCAGAAGGUUACGAUCCUGAAGCAGAUGACGACAACUCAGAAGAAAAAAUUGUUUAUCCUAAAUCAGAUGAACAGAGACAGAGGUUGAGCAAAGCAGUAGAGCAUAUACUUUUAUUCAGAUCAUUAGAACAAGAGCAAAUGCAAGAAGUAUUAGAUGCCAUGUUUGAAAAAAAGGUGGUCCCGGACGAACAUGUAAUAGAUCAGCAUGAUGACGGUGACAAUUUUUAUGUUAUAGACAGUGGAUUGUAUGAUAUUUAUGUAGAAAUAGAUGGUAAACCAAAAAAAGUAGGAGCUUACGAUAAUAAGGGAAGCUUUGGAGAGCUUGCACUCAUGUACAACAUGCCACGGGCAGCCACAAUCAUUGCCACAACACCAGGAACACUAUGGGCAAUGGAUCGGGUAACGUUCCGAAGGAUAGUAUUGAAAAAUGCAUACAACAAGAGGAAAAUGUAUGAAUCUCUUUUAGAGACUGUACCACUGCUCAAAUCACUAGAGUCCUACGAGAGGAUGAAUGUUGCUGAUGCUCUUCAUUCCAAAACCUUCGAAAACGGAAGCCUAAUCAUCAAACAGGGAGAUGAUGCAGACUGCAUGUACUUCAUCGAGGAGGGGGAAGUCCGAAUAGCAGCACUGAACAAGGAUGAUAGCAUUGAGAUCGCCACACCCCUUGAGAGUGACGAAAAUGGAAAAGAAAUUGAGCUAACCCGAUGCCGAAAAGGAGACUACUUUGGAGAGCUUGCCCUCGUCACACACAAGCCACGAGCAGCGUCAGCGUACUCUAUGGGUAAAACCAAGUGUGCAGUGCUGGAUGUUGGAGCCUUUGAGCGCCUGUUGGGUCCAUGUAUGGAUGUGAUGAAACGCAACAUUGACAACUACGAUGAUCAGCUGGUGACUGUGUUUGGCUCAAAGACAAACAUCUCGGAUCUACGCUGACCUGUCCGCUUCUCUUGCUAAAGCCGCCAUGUGCUGAGAACCAUGAUGCCAGCUUGAUGGACUUCGCUCUAUGCGUUGACUGUAAUGUUCAGUGAUUUGAGUUGUUCCAAAUUUUAAGACAAAUGUUCAGGACACUGUUGUGUAUACUCUUAUUUUUAUAUUUCUAACUGUUUUAUUAGAGUAUUCAUGUUUUAUAGAUGUUCAGAUAGUCGAGUUUUUUUUAAAUCUAUUGCAAUACCAUUAUUGAAAUAAUAAUUUGCCUAAGUAAGCAAUGAUUCUCUUACUGGACGUAUACAGUUGUCACAACAUGACUAAACACCUGCUUAACAUUAAAAAAAAAGACAUAGCAUAGGUUUAUCAACUUUAGACUGCCAAAGAUCUGUUCCUUUUUUUUGGUCCCGUAUGUUUAUUAACAUUGGGCAUUAUAUCUAGAUCUGAACAUAAGUAGCAGCUGAUAUCUGGCGAGUGACAUGUUCUGUACACUGACCUUUGAGCAGUUAAAUAUUUCCUCAUAUUUGUACUACCUGUUUGGCUCCUAUUCUAGUGUAAAUGUGUUCUUGGUCUGUGCUUGCGACCAUCGGUGGUCAGCGUGAAACAGUGUCCUCUUAUGAUUGCUUGGAAUUGGUGUUGAUAAGAUAAUUGUUUGUUUCAUCUGUUUCCCUGCCUUUGGCUACCCAAGUGUCAAGUUUGCACAUGUUCAUUGUAAAUAGAACAGAUGUGCGUGACCCUUCUCUGUCUAAUGAUUUUGUAUCAUUACAUCCAGAUUCACCAGUUGUAACUAGCUAGACCUCUUUGUGAUACAUAUCUACUCCUGAAGAAACUGACCUUACCACAAUUUUGUAUUUUAACAUUGACGUUAAGUAUGGAACUUUAAGUUUCAGUGUAUUUGUCAGUUUGAAGCAUAACACUUGUUGAGUUAGUAUUGUAAUGGUGAGAUUGCUAACUUUUAACUUAUGUGCUUUGUAAUAUUUUAUCAUCUUUCUACCUGUCAUUAUUUUGUAUGAAUUGAGUUUUGUUCGUGAAAACAUCAAGUUUUUGUGAGAAAGUUAGCUUUGUAGAACACAUCUAUAUUACAUAUCACUAGCAUUGACAGAUCUGUAGGUUCAGUUCACUUUAGAAAUAUAAGACAGAACAAAUAAGGAAUAGCUCCACCAUAUUAUGUCACAUCUCUCUUAAUGGAUCUCAUAACAUUAAAAUAAGUAUGUCCUAAGAUGUAUGAGAUCUUAAAAGAAGUAAUUGUAAGGAUUGAAGCAACCAAGCCUCAAGUCAUCUGAGAUUUUCAAAUAAUUUGGAAAAUCCUGGUAAAGGGACUUCAGACUGAAAAACAAAGUCUUGUAGAAAUCAAAUGUUUCUGUACAUAUACCAUCACGUUUAAUUGUCCCAGACCUUUGGUCCCAUUUCAUCACACAUUUAUUGAUUUAAAAUAAGCAGUUGCUAUGUUUAUUCCAGUUAAGUUUUCUGCCAAAUAAGAUGCUUUACGUAUUGUACCAAAGCUUUACUCCAAGUCUGUGGUAAUAUUUAAGUUACGUGUUACCAAAUGUUUUACAUGUAGUGAAAUAUGUCCACCACAGACUCUUUAUUUCCUGAAUAACAGCAGUGUGAUUGCAUACAGAAUUGACUAUAUCAGGAACAUUUAUUUGCUCAAGGAACUUGUUAUCCCUUUUUGUUGGUGAUAUUGUACAACCAAGACAUUAAUUGUGUUGAGCACAAAGAGCUUGCCAACUGAAUCUCUCAUUCAGGGUUGUUAUUGCUGUUGGGCAUUCCAAAUUUUAUCAGACUCGCCCAUGGAAACAUUACAAUUGGUUUGGUGCAAGAGUUGGGAUGUAUUAAGGUAAAGUUUGUAAAUAAUGCUUCAGUGUUUUAUUGAACUGACUUAGGCUACUGGUCUGUUAUUUGCCGGCAGUAGAAAACAGCCCUGAUGAUUUGUUCAUAUCUGCCAGGAUGAUGUUUUAUCCAGAUUUUGUUUUGACCGUCAUAGAAAUGAGCAUGUAUAUAUGUCUAGUCUAUUUAACUGUUGAUACACCCAAAUCUGCUUUGUUUAUAUAGAAUGUCAAAACCUUUCCAACUGACCGAUAAACCAUUCUAACCACUGUAACCACUCAGGUUGUUAAUUUUGAAACCUAAGAAAUGCUAUGCUGUUCUCUACUGAUUAUGUGUGGCAUUCCGUGUUUAAACCAAACUAAAACUACCGAAAUGUUGCAAUUAUUCCCUUGUUCUUAUUGUAACCAUUAAGGUUUCUCAUUAACAUUGUGUUAAGUUUGUAGAUGUUGACAUGCGGUGUAGCAGGGUGUUUGAUCAGCAGCUUGAGAUGACCUCUGCCUGCCUGCCUGCCUGUCUCUCCACCACAUCCCAGCACGCUCACAGCAGCACCUAGCUGCCACUUGGGAAGGUAGUCAUAGCAUCAUUUUUGGAGUAGACCUCGACUCUAUAAUCCACUUUCCAGAAUUACCUCUCCGCUAAAAUGUAGACUGGCCUAUUUGUUACUUGUAACACCAAGUUUUCAAGUCUUGGGCAAAUGUUAAUUUCCAGCUUCACUGAUUACCUUUGGAACAGAAAGCCAAUGUAUAGAGCCAGCACAUUUUUCCUGAACUUACAUAUCCGACUGUUCGUUCAAUGCUAUGAGAUGCUUAUAGAGAUCUAUCUUGUGGAUAAAUGCAAUGCUAGGUAUUAUUUUUGUGGUGGGUAUACAUGAACUUGAACCAAUUGAAGCACUGGUUAUAGAUGCUCUUUCCAUCCCAAGUGUCAUCUAUUGUGGAAGCUGCCAUGAAGAUUGUUCGUUGAUCUGUUGUAACCCUGGAAUCCUAGUCCCGAUUGGCUUUCAGUGGAGAGCUUCAUGUAUGCUGGAGAGUGGUAGAUCAGGAAUAUCAUCAUUAUAUUUGAGAAAUAAAGACUUCCCAGUUUAA